AUGUAUUUACGACCUGAACAUUCAUCAAAGUUUUAUAAAGUUAAAUCUCAUGGUCAAAACACUAUGCCUUUUAAGCCACUACUGACUUGGACAGGACAGACCGCUUCGUUUUACUAUGACAGCAUAACACAAAAACAAAUGACAUACAAAUUAGUUUGGUUGGAUCCGAAUGUAAGUCAGCAAAGUGGCCUUGAAGCACAAUUACGUGAAAUCAUUCAGCUGAUGGAAGUUUAUGAAACGGUAGAAGAAUGUGAAACAGCAAUUCGAAAGCUGCAAUCAUCGACCGAUGGAUCAAUUGUUUUAAUUAUUGCUAUAUCAAUGGCGCACUUCUUCAUACCUUUUGUUCAUGCUAUGCCGAAUCUGAGGAAAAUUUUCAUUUAUUCUUCGGACGGAACAGAUCGUGACGUUGAAGAUUUACUGAAGGUUUCAGAGAAGGUUAAACCCAUUAUUGACAAUGCCGAAGAGUUAGUACAAGCAAUUUCAGAUGAUUGGGAAGAGCUUGAGAAACCAGAUGAAGUCUUUUCAUACACUGUGUUCGGCGACCCCGACAGAACUCUGUCUCAUCAGAAUCCGAAUAUAAUCUGGUCUAGGCUUAUAAUUCAGUGUCUGUCACGUCUGAGCGAUCAGUCACGCAAACAAGACCUGAAGGAACUUGUGGAUUUAAUGCGAAGAGUGUACAGAACUAACGCUGUUCAACAGGAGAAAAUUGAUGAAUUUCAGCAGACGUACAGUGCAGCUGAUGCCUUGAAGUGGUAUACGAAAGAUUUUUGUUUAUAUCGAAUGCUAAAUAAAGCUUUACGGAGCGGACACGCCGAUAGUUUGUUCGCGUUUCGAAUCUUUAUAAAAGAUUUGUAUGUGCAGCUGCAGAUACUGCUGGAUGAUCAACGACAAAAUAAAGGUUCCCGAGUGUUGCGUACUUUUCGUGGACAAGCCAUGUCAAAAAACGAAAUCAUGCAUUUCCAAGAGCAAGAGAUUUUAUCAGUUAAUACAUUUUUCUCCACUACGCUUGAUCGACAGCAAGCAUUAGGUUUCAUAUUCGGCGGUGUUGCAGACACUCACCGGUUCCGAUCGGUGUUGUUAGAAAUUGACGCUGAUAAAUUUGUAGAUUCUUCGCCAUUUGCUGAUAUUUCCGCGGUAAGUCAAAUGCCGCAUGAACAGGAAGUUUUGUUUAUGCCUGGAACAAUAUUGCGUGUAACAUCGUUACAAUGUGACGCAGCUCUGGAUGCGCAUAUUAUAGGAUUAAAGCUGUGCAGCGACACGGCACUUGAAUUUAGCAAUACUUUGAAGUCACUACAACGAGAUCUGUUCAAAUCAACGACAGAAACAAAUCGUUCGACUUUUGCUGAGCUUCUGCUGCAACUAGGUGAAUACGACAAGGCCGAGAAAAUUUUCUUGGAAACUUUAAACGAACCAACAUUCAGUAGGGUGGAACACAUUAAACGUCUUAGUGGUGUUGCAAGGACAGCUCUUGCUAAAGGAAAUUUUGAUGAAGCAGCUCGGCACUCCGAAAGAAUACUGGAUAUUAUACUAGAGCAAGUCCCGGUAGACUAUACGGAUUUAGCUGCCGCUUGUACGGAUUUGUGUCAAGUGUAUCGUGAACAAGAAAAGUAUGAACUGGCAAUAGAAUUUGGAAAGUAUGCUGUUGAUAUUGGACGUACGGUGCCACUCAAGCAUCGAACGGCAAAGGCGUUCAGUCUCAUGAGUGACACACAUGAUGCACUAGGAUGUGCGUAUCUAGCCUCAAACGAGCAUUUUGACCUAGCUCUCUUCCAUUACCAUUUAGCAUUGAUUUGCGCUAAACAAGGCGGCCAUACUACCGCUUCUGUGUCAGUUGGAAUAAUUUAUCAAAAUAUCGCAGGAGUUCAUUUUAGAAAUAAAGAUUAUCGUGAAGCUAGAAAAUGGUUGAAUGAAAGUUUAGGUAUUUUCAGGCAAACGUUGCCACUGACACACCCGCGCAUCGGCGACAUAUGUUAUAAUCUUGCACUAGCUUAUUUAUUCUCCAGGAAAAGUAACAAAUUUGCAACGUAUGCAACAGAAGCAUAUACAAUAUACGAGAAUUCUCUGCCAAGUACACAUCCAUCCCGAAUCCGGGCAACUGAGCUAAUGAAAAUACUUAAAGACGUGAUUGGCAGGAACACAGGUGUUGCUCCAGAAGGAGUACUUCUAGUGUCCUCAACUUUCCUGCCGAGACGGCGAAAUUGA